AUGGAUUCUGAUUUUGCUGAUACUGCCUCGGAGCAGACGAACAUCAACGACUGGAAGCGCUGGCGUGUGCACAUGAAGGGCUUGAAAACCAUGUCUGACCUGCGACCGGAUGGCUUUCACGGUCUCGGCAAUCACACCGCUCUAAUGGCGUGGUGGCUGGAUCUUGUGGGUUGCUCGGUUCUCGAUCAGGUGCCACAGUUUGAGAUGCCGCAAGAUCUGGUGCUGUUGGAUGUAGACCACGGCUCAAAGUCGUUCGACAUUCGCCAGCAGGCAUCACACAUGAUUGAUAUGUACCCAGAAAUGCUCGGGAUCAUGCGAGGUCUACAUAUGAUGGAGGGUAUUGCCACCAUCGUCGCCCAAAACAGUGAACAGACGGAGUUUUGGCGCGAUGAAGUCCGUGGGAUCGAACUCAUUGGCCCGGCUACCCAUUUCCUCCUCACCACGCCUAGGUUUCAAUCUUCCAUCGACGAAGACGAAUCAUCCGUGACUCUUCUGGUCCAAGAGUUGCUGCGUCUGACUUGUUUACUGCUCCUGUCGGGACUGAAAAGAUGUCUGUCUCUUAAUGCAUCUGAUUGCGAAGCUAUACAGCAACGAUUCUGGAAAAUCUGGGGCGUGAAGGGCCAGCCGAUAGCCGGUGUGCUUCAAGACUUGGCGCUGUGGACCGCCGAAACAACGACGAUGGCCGAAAGCAUUGAAGUGGCGCAGUCAGCACAUUGGUGCAACUGGUUUGUGGUGCGAAUGCAGAGCCUCUCACUAACAAUACGGCGGUAUAAGACACCCGACUACCUGAGCCUACUGGACAGCACCGCACACGGCUCAGCCCCCAGUGAUUCCGCCGCUAAUGCUGAUAUAUUGCCCAGUCACCCACCUGGCUCCCUCACUGCAUAG